UUACAGAAAAGUAUUCUUCUUCGUACAGAACACACCCUUAAUGUCCAAAUAGGAGUAUUAUUUUUCAAAUUUUACCUUUUUAAAUCUCAACCGACUCAUGCCUACUUAAUUUCAAAUUUAUAUCCUCUGUGUUCCUCACUAUAAAAACUGCAAAAGCCUUCUUUUUCCUGCAUCCUAAAGAGGGAAAUUAUAGAAAACAAUGUCAAGCAAGUCUCCCAUUUUCUCCAUUGCAGAACCUCAACAUUUCAGCGACCACUAUGUCUUCCACCCUCAAAUCGAUUAUUUUCAGCAGAUUUUAGUAGAAACAAGGAAGCAAAAGAUCAAAGAGGUUGCAAGAUACUCCAUAGACACAUUACACUUCGAGCUACAAAAACUCAUCUCAAAAGAUGAGUCAUCAAAGAAGAUUAAAAAGCACAGCCACAAGAAAAAAUGGUGGAAAAAUGCCCUGUUGUUCUUCAAGAGGAACAAAACAACCCAUUUAAAUCCUAAAGGCGGGUCAAUUUAUGGGCCGGUAUAUAUUACUGAGAGUAGAACUGGAAGUUUGAUUCAGAGCAAGAAAGGUGAUUUGGAGAUACCAUACAUUAAUCUUAAGAAGUAUAACAUGGACUGUCAGCAUGGGAUUAAGACAACAUUAGCUACUCCAAUCUACUUGGUCACAUAAAGAAAGAGUUGGUUACAAAUUGUGUGUCAUAUUUGAAGAGUUAAAAGAUUUCUUUUACAAAGAUUUUUGAAUUAUUAAGAAUUGUAAUUUGUACUACUAGUAUUUUUAUGUAAAGUCAAACGUCUCUAUAAAUGUCAUUCGUUAUAACAACAUUUCACUAUAACGACCUAAUU